GCCUCCGUGGCCUCUGCAGCAUGGACAGGCCACAGUCUCAGCAAGUUCGGACUUCCAGUACCCUGAGGCGCCCUUCUUCACUGAAUAGGAUGGUAGCACCUGACCUCACAGAACCGCGGCUGUGGGAUCCUCGUGUUCACUACCCUUCACGCAUGAAAGAUAAGGCCACUCAGACACCCAGCUGUUGGGCAGAAGAGGGACCAGAAGAGAGGUCCCGUCAGUGUUCUGUGUCAUGGGCGAGUGCUGGUCAACUCACAGAGAUGGCCAGACCGAGGCAGCGGCCACAGGUCGGUCAACAGAGCAGAGGAGACAGCCAGGAGGAGAAAGAUCGACAGUCGCAUCUCCGUGGCAUCAGUCACACUCAGCCCACUGGAUCCCGGUCAGUCCCUAUGCCACUGUCCAGCUUAUCAGCGCCCUGCAGUGUGGAAAGAGUAAGCCCUGAGUUGGAAAACAUAUUCACUAAAGAAAAUAUCGGGGCGGAGGAAGUGUUUGAGCCUUUGGACAUACCAGAUGGCCGGAGAGCCCCGCCACCUGCAUGGUCCGGGAGCAGCAGCCCUCAGAGCACCGGCACUCAGAGUCCUGAGCAGGAGCCCGGCAGCGGCCAUUCGCCUCGUGUGGCCCCGCUUGGUCCUCUGGGGUCCCAAGGUGAGAGCCCUCGCUCAACAGGAGAUUUGGUGCAUGACCGUGAUAAUGUCAGUGGGGGUAGCUCAGCAUUACCCCAGGAUGUUUCAUCCCCCAAAGCAAGCAACAAAUUCCGAAGGGAGCCUCCGGAGGGAUGCCAGCCAGUGAAGGCCUUGAAGAAAGCGGCAUCUCAUCAGCCUGGCUCGGGCCCUGUCUUCUCCUGUCCCGACAAAAGCAAGGUUAAUUUCUUCCCUACCGGAUCAGUCUUCUGUCCUGUGAAGCGUCUAGGCCCUCCCCCGCCUGCCUCUGACCCCAUGCUGGAGAACUCUCCUAAUUCAGGCCAGGAUUCAGCUCUGGUGAGUGGGCUUUCACCCCCAGACCCCCUCACAUCUCCAUCUGGUGACAUCAGCGCAGCGGGCCCCACAGGAGCUUCUGUCCAGCCGCAGCAGCUCUCGCAGGAACCGCAGGGUGAGGAGCACAUUUCUGCUCAGAACCACCACGGCGCCAUCUAA